AUGAAUAUGAAACAAGCAGAAAGAAAUCUUGAUGAAACGAAUAAAAAAUUUGGUUCUUCUCGACAAUAUAUGUUUCGUCCUUUGCCUGUACAUUAUGAACAAAAACUAUUACCAAAUCCAUUAUGUCUUCCACAAGUGUGGACUUGUGGUCCAAAUUUUCCUCCAUGUUGUCCUGGUCUUAUGUGUUAUGAUGGUAAUGCAAAACGUGGUCGAUAUUGUGUUGCUAAAGGAUAA